CAAGAAAACCCUCGAGUUCAAACAUAUUUUUGUGCGAACAUCGAUCCAAUAUGCUUCCAGCGGCCGUGGGAGAGACUAUUCCCGCGCACACUUCACAUGCUGUCAGCGUUUCUCUUCCAACAUGGAAGGCCAACGUCGCAUAUGAGGAGGGCGAGCCCUGGGUUAUAGACAAUAUGAAAACUGGCUAUCCAAGGUUUUUUGUCAAUAAACUUAUCACCGCGCUGGCUGAAGACAUUGUUAAGGCCUAUGGCAAAGAUGGAGAGCAAGCGAUGCUAUUUCCUGGCCCCGGGGCGGCCAACAGAUGCCUGGACUUUGUUCUUCGAACGGCACCCUCCCUACUGCGAACAAGUAUUCGAAUAGUUGAUCUUGUCAUGGACCCUAAGAAAAUCACUACGGAGAGCCUGAAGAUCGCAGCUCCGUCUGUUUCCGCCGUUAUAUUUCCGAAAGAGUUCUUCUCCGUGGCGAAGCAGUACUGGCAGCAUUCCGGAGACGGGAUUUCAAGUCGACGGGGAGAAUUCUGUCAUAGCUUACUACAAGAAGGUCUCCUAGUUGAGAAAUCCACCUUGAAGCAUACAACCGAACAACAGCAAAACUUCCAUAAGGGCCCUAAGAGAUACAGGAGAGGGAUGUCGAUUGACAAAACAUGCAGCCCUCCUAAAGUCGGUGGUCCAGCUUCGAAUGGCACUGGUGAGAAAUCACCCAGUGUGAGCAACGCGGACAAAGAGUUGUCACAGUUUGUGGAAGAACGGUUUGGCCGCAAUCUCGAGGUAUCGUUCCUCGGCAAUGCUAAGUCUGCAAUUAAGAGGCGAAUUGCUGGAUCUUUGGUAGGGAGUGUUGAUUUGAGUACUGGUUUCAGCAGUACGAUGGAUGCUAGCGCACGAGGCGUGAGUGGGCUUUCUGAAGACGACGUGUAUUUAUAUCCAUGCGGCAUGAACGCCAUCUUCAAUGCCCACCAAUUACUAUUGCAAGCCCGAGAACCGCUGAAGAGCAUCUCUUUUGGGUUUCCAUACGUAGACACACUCAAGAUCUUGCAGAAGUUUGGACCCGGCUGCCUCUUUUAUGGAAAUGGAUCCUCUGAGGAUCUGGACGAUCUCGAGAGAAGGCUUCAGAGUGGCGAAAGAUAUCUGGCUCUCUUUGCAGAAUUUCCGGGAAACCCUUUACUGCAAUCGCCCGACCUGCUACGGAUCAGAAAGCUCUCCCUCCAGUAUGACUUCGCAGUCGUGAUAGACGAGACUAUUGGCAACUUCAUCAACAUCAACGUUCUACCCCACGUUGAUAUUGUCGUAAGCAGUCUUACCAAGAUUUUUACUGGCGAAUGCAAUGUGAUGGGAGGGAGCGCAAUCUUAAACCCAACAGGACCAUACUACUCGAAAUUGAAAGAAAUUGCGAAGACACAGUAUGAAGACAACUACUGGGCCGAAGAUGUUUUGUUCAUGGAGCGAAACAGCCGAGACUUCAUAUCUCGAAUCGACAGAAUCAACCACAACGCAGAGGUCAUCUGUGACCUACUGAGCUCUCAAUCCGUUGUCAAAAAGGUGUACUACCCGAAAUGCGUCCAGUCUCGGGAAUUUUAUGAUGCCUGCCGAACUCCGACAGGUGGAUAUGGUGGUCUCCUCUCAGUCACCUUCAAUACGAAGGCCCAAGCAGUUGCCUUUUUUGAUCGCAUCGACACAGCUAAGGGCCCCAGUUUGGGUACGAACUUCACGUUGACCUCACCAUACGUGGUUCUGGCUCACUUCAUGGAGUUAGACUGGGCCAGCCAAUUCGGCGUUGAUCCAGAUCUGGUUCGUAUAAGCAUUGGUCUCGAGGAAACAGCGCUUUUGAAAGAAGUGUUCGAGCAAGCUCUUACGGCUGCAGGAGAAGCCUAGUCGUCGUAUUCAACGUUCGGGCCUUGGAUAGGCCACGAGAAGCUUGAAGGGAAAGACACAUGGAAAAAGACAUGAUGGAGCUAUCCACCCACGAUAUACCAGGCAUGAAAUCAGAUAAGAAUUUUGCCAUCCCUAUAAGAUGAAUCGCACAGGUUUCGAACCGUAUAUAGCUAUAAAUAAGACCAGGCGAAAAGUUUUAGUGGGCUUCAAAGCUGUAUUCCCCGAGUAUAUGCCACGAACACUAUAGAAGAGAACCGAUUUGGCUCUAAGUUGCACGAGGUGUCUAUGUGAAUUCAAUAACUCAAGUUAGAUUGGUAGCUGGUAAAUACGCC